AUGGCAACAAACCAGUGGAUCAUGCAGAGAGAUUGCUUAACGCACCAUUGCUACACCUCCGACCUGACGAUAGCAGGCAACUUCAGCAAGUGCAUCAAUGAGACAGCGAAGGUGGCAGUCGAAGCGGCAUCCAAGGCAGGAAAGCUCAACGAUACAAGCAGCCCGGGCCAGUAUUGGGGGAGGUGCGAAUACAUUGACUACAAGAAAUUGAAAGAAGGGCUUCGAAAUGGGGCAUCACAGAAGCAUGUAGGGACGACGAAGGCGUUGAUGAGUGCUGUAGGCGUCGGGCUCCUGAUGAUUGGAAGUGGUAUUAUCUAA